AUGACGGCCCCAACAGGUUGGCAGUUGGCUGUGACGGAAGAGCCUCUGCUCACUACGGCUCUGGUAGGCCCGCCUCCCGAGCUUCCUCAAGCGCUGACGGCCUUCAUGAAGGGCGCCAAGGCUCUGGCUCGUUCGAUGGGUCUGGAUGGCAAGCCGCCGCCUGUCAUCGAUGUUGAGAGCCUGGAUGGGGGCAUCUCCACCGAGAGGUACGAGGACUGGGCCGGGCUUGCGAUAGCCACGAGACUGCAAGCGGCAAGUGUGCUCCCGCGAUAG